AUGACAAUAAUCGGCGUCUGGGACAUGAGAAUCGGCCCGGAACGCGGGUGUACCAAAUGCGUAGUUCGGGUCAUUUCCGGACGGGACCCCUGGUGCGUUGUGGGCACUUCUGACCCCGUUCCGACCGGGUCGAGGGCGCUCCGGUCUGUUGGCCCGGAGUUCGUAAGUUCGUGGCGCAUGCCGUUGCUGCCGUACCGCGCC